CGUUAUUUUUCUGUCCAGCCCCCAAACCGUGUCGGUGACGCCGUAGCCCGGAGAGAUGGCGGAGCAGGGUUCGGGGCGCUCCUUGGGUUCCUAUUCUCCCGUGGAUUAUAUGAGCAUUACCAGUUUCCCUCGCCUUCCCGAGGAGGAGACCGGGGUAGAGCCGGGGCCAAGGGCCGGAGAGGAGGAUACAUUCCUGGGGGAGCAUGACUCGGACCCAGACGCCUUCCUUAAAUCAGCUCGCCUACAGCGGCUUCCUUCUUCCUCCUCUGAAAUGGGGAGCCAGGAUGCUUCACCCCUCCGAGAGACCAUCAAGGACCCUUUCAGCUCAGACUGCAGUUGUAGACAGGACGAUCUUACAGUUAUCAUUACUGCCUGCGUGACUUUUGCUCUUGGGGUUACUAUAGCGCUUAUAAUGCAGAUCUAUUUUGGAGAUCCACAGAUCUUCCACCAAGGGGCAGUGGUGAGUGAUGCUUCCAGGUGUACUGCUCUGGGCAUCGAGGUUUUAGAGAAAAGGGGCAGCUCUGUGGAUGCCGCCAUAGUGACUACUCUUUGUCUUGGAAUUGUUAAUCCUCACACUUCUGGUAUUGGUGGUGGCGGAGUGAUGCUUAUUCAUGACAUCAGAAACAAUGUAUCAAAUGUUAUUGAUUUCCGAGAGACAGCUCCAUCUGCUAUCCAUGAAGAGCUGGUGAGACGCUAUUGGAAAGAGAGGCCUGGGAUUUUGGUUGGAGUUCCUGGAAUGCUGAAAGGCCUUUCUAAAGCUCAUGAGAUGUAUGGGAAACUUUCCUGGCAGGAUGUCAUUUCUAUGGCAGCUGAAGUGGCACGCGGUGGUUUCAAUGUUACCCAUGAUUUGGCUAAAGCAAUAAACGAGUCAAUGGGUCAGACUUUCUCAAAUGCCUUCUUGGAGACUUUCCUACCAGACGACAAACCGCUUAUGGCUGAAACAUUCAUCCGGCGGCCUGACUUAGCAGCCAUUUUGUAUUCUGUAGCAAAAGAAGGGGUAGAAGCUUUCUAUAGCAGCAACCUGACUCAGGAAAUGGUUUCAGAGGUAAAUGCAUAUGGGGGUGUCAUGGCAGAAGAAGAUUUCAGCAACUACAGUGUUCUAGUAGAGAAACCAAUGGAGACCGUUUACCAAGGCCACCUUGUGUUUGUACCACCAGCUCCAAAUGCCGGGCUUGCCCUGAUAACUGCCCUCAACAUCCUAGAAGGGGCAAAUCUGACCAAGCAGACCCCCCGCGCAAGUGCCCUUCACUGGAUAGCUGAGACCCUCAAAAUUGCCCUUGCCACAGCUAGCACUCUGGGAGACCCCACGCAUGACCCAUCUAUGCCCGGUUUUGUAAAGGAGAUGUUGAGAGAGUCUGAGAUCAAUUUUCUCCGGCAGCGCAUCAAUGAGUCCCACGCUGCCCCUGCAGAACAUUACAUGCCCUUCUACAACCUGGAAACAGGAUCUGAUUCCAGCCAAGCCUUGGUGGUCGGACCAGAUGAUUUCAUCGUGGCCGUGGUGAGUUCCCUGAAUCGUCCUUUUGGCAGUGGUAUUAUGACAUCCUCUGGCAUCCUUCUUAACAGCCAAAUCCUUGAUUUCUUCUGGAGCAACAGAAGCAACAGAACCUCUUUCCCCAGCCCCAGUAAUACAGUUGAACCAGGGAAAAGGCCUUUGUCCUUCCUGCUUCCCACGGUGGUACGCCCAGCUCAUGGUCUGUGUGGGACCUACCUCUCUCUUGGGGGAUCAAAUGGGGACCAUGCAUUGACAGGUAUUACUCAGGUCCUGCUUAAUGUUCUGUCCUUUAACAAGAACCUGAGCGACAGUGUGUCCAAUGGGAGGCUGCACCCUGACCUCCAGACCAGUCUUCUGGAAGUGGAUGGAGACUUCUCAGAGAAUGAUACCCUGGGCCUGGAAUCUAAGGGCCAUCUCCUAAGGAAGAUACCAAUUUUGGGCUUAGUUCAUGGUUCACGGAGAAGCAACGACCUUAUCAUUGGGAUAAAGGAUCCACGCAGCAAAGACGCUGGAGCAUCCACUAUCUUGUAGAUCCUUGCAAGGUGUACGUACCGGCACCAUUCUGUAAUGCACCUGUUUUUGGGAAGCUCAUCUGGCUUAUUGGAGGCACUUAAUUUAAGGAACAACCCAACAUGAAUAGGGCUUGAGUCUUCUCUAGCAGAAACAUAGUGUGCUAAAGGAAUAUGUGUUUGAUUAAUUCUCCUAGGAUACAAAUCUGUCUAAGGGUAGGACUACACGGACGUUUUCGUGGCGCAAUCCGACGCGAUGUGGCAAAAUGCCGGCGUCAAAUCGCAUGCAACAGAAAUAAGAUAAGAGAUAGAAAUGUCGGAUGAAGUCGCAGCGUAGCGUGCAGCGUCUGCAUCCAACAGUCGCGUCGUGUCGGAUCAAUGCUGCGACUUCAUCCUCCGACAAUGCAUUCACUUACCUUAUUUCCGUUGCAUCCGAUUUGACGCUGUUGUUUUGUCACAUUGCGUUGGAUUGCGCCAAAAACGUCCAUGUAGUCCUACUCUAAAUGUCACCACCUUGUUCAGAUAAUGUAGACUUAUCUUAAUUAUGAGAAUGGGCUAUUCUGUCGGCAGACUUGCAGCUGAAGAUGGCUGGAUUUAUACAUCUGAUGCAUAGCUACACGCUUUUUUGUGUAUUAGGUUCACCAGAUCAUUAAUAAAGUCUCUUCAACCUGCAAAACCACUGCCCUUCUACUUUAAUCCUAAUGCAAUGAAUAAUAAGGUGAUCAAGCUCAUGUCUAAAAAACCAACACACAGCUUCAAAGGAUAGGAGAGAUUUUUUUUUCAACCCUCCCAUCAAUUUUAUGCCAAAAUAGUUCCAUUAGUUAUCGAUGGAAAUUCUAUAUGCAAGGCAACUAGGUGUGUCCAUUUGCAGGCUGAACAAAUGGGAAAGGCGUUUUCCAUCCUGGGAGUCCUCGGCUAUUGCUCAGCUGCAUGUUUCAAAUUGCCCAGGUUGGUGAGCACUGAGAGAUUGUGAUUGAUAUAUAAUAUUUUUCAAACCUUAGUUAAGGGGUUAUUUAUCAAAAUCUGUUUUUUUAAGUAAAAAAAGGUUGACCAAACUAGAAUCCACAAUUCGACCUUAUUUAUCAAAAACUCGCUAAAAUCAGUUCGGAAAAAACAGAAAAAUUGCAUAGAAAACCCUGAAUUUUUCGGGUUUCAUGCCCCAAACGGUAUAAUUUUUCGUCACCUCGAUUGAAACCCACGAUUUUUGCCCCGACACUCAGCGCAGACCAUGAUAUCUUUAAAUGUUUGGUAUUUCCCACAUUUCUAGCUUUUGAGACAAAAAGAAAGGAGAAAGUCACCUUUUUCCCUGUAUAACCUGUGGGAGGAACCAUCGCCGUGCUUUAUAUUGUACGUGUAGGAAAGUAUCUGCAUCAUGUAGAAUAUUUUGUGCCAAAUGUAUACUUGGCAUGAGUCCAAAAUGUGAUCACUAUUUGUCUUAAACCUGCUGUGAUAUUAAACUGGUUUACUCAAAAGAUUUCACUCUUGGCCCAGGACAGAGACUGCCAAAUUGUUAACAUGUGACUCAUUUUGCCUUUUAAUAGUGGCAAGUCUGUGAUUCACAAACUGCAUUUGAAAAUAAAAUUAUUUUCCUGA